CGACGACGACUGCCAAUGGAUGCGCUGGCUCUGCACCCGCCAUGUCGCACCUGGCAUUGGCAUUGACGCCGGAGCCUGCCCGAUACGCACCGCGGAGCCCAGCCCUCCUCUAAACUCCGGAAGCCCGUCACCCACCCACCACCACCUGCACCGUCGACAGAUCGCUACUAGGACCUGACGGGAAGAGGGAGAUAGCCACUCACCGUCACUGCCUCGGCCACUCCCACCGCUGCCCUUCCCGCCGAGCUACGCUACCUCCUCGAACCACUAUCGCGGCGGAAUCGACGUCGCGAUCGCUGUCGGAGUGGAUGGACCUCCGCCGCCGCCGCCGACGACGAGGACGCCGACAACUGAAAAGAGAUGGAGGAGCUCAUCCACCACAAUACCCACAACAACAUCUCCUACAUUCCAUCCGCAAUCGAUCUGCUCUGGGUGCUACCGCGCUGGGCGCAGAGGGCCGGCACAUACGCCUUCUACCACAUGCCCGACGUGAUUGACACUGUCGCCGGCAAGAUCUGGAGUGGAGGAGGCAGCAUAAUUGCUGGCCCGACCGCGCAUCGUACCAUUGCCAACGCGACCAUGACGAGUGCCAGCACUGCAAUCGCCCAGGUCACCACCUCGGCUCUGGAAAGUACCCUCAGAGACGCCUGGUCGCAAGGCAGCGAGGAGUCGGCCUCAUUCUUGAUGGGUGUUGCAACGGGCUUCGGCAAGCUCAAAAACUUUGGCGGCAUCUUCUCGUACAUGACUUCGCGCUGGGCACUGACCACCUUCACUGCCGCUGUCGUGCUCAAUCGGACCCAGUUUUACGCCUCCUCUCGCGACCACCUGCGACUCCGCGUGCACAUGCGUCUGGCCCUAUACUUGAUCCCUAUUCUCGCUUUUCUCGCCCAGUUGCUGCAAAUCCUGCAAGCACUAAAGUGUCAGACCUCUCCCGACUACUCACUGCUCCGAUAUGGCGAUCCGCUCAAGCAUCUAACUAUUGACUUUGCUGCAGAAGGAGGCUUGCUGUACCACCUGAGCUCGACUCUGCUCUUCUGGCAAGACGAUGCAUCCUGCUGUCACGCCCGCUCCAUGUCCUUGCUUGGUGUGGCUGACGACAAGACCGCCCUGAGGGGAUCCAUGUCGCUGUUGUAUUGGUUCUUUCUGACCCUGUGCACCAGCCAGCUCUUCGAGACGUUGGCAUGUGCGCUGCAAGGUAGGCUCCCCAAGCCGGAAACGGGCAUGACCAUCUUCGAGCACUCCCUCGCAUUCGCCGAGUGCGAGGCCAUGAUCAGCAGCGCACUGGGCUUUGGACUGUUCGGUUUGCCAAAAGGCACGGGACCCGGCGCCGCGGGAGACGCAGGGCCUCUCAUCAGCAGGUCGGAGAUCUUGCAACGGCUGAAUGUGCCACCAGAGGUCUUGCUCAUCUGUCUGAUCUCCUGCUUCAGUCACAUCAGCAGCGCCGCGCUCGCUAUUGUGGGAAUCCGAGACAAAGUACGCCUGGUCAAUACAGCAGUUUGGGCAUGUUGCUACAUGUCUGCGUUUGUCUGGAGUUUCUCUCAGAUCUUAGUCGGCGACAUGGACAACUCGGAUUUGGGCUUUCUCCGAUUCCCCACGGUAUGCCUCGUGGGAUUCAUCCCCCACAUGCUGAUUCUGACUGGCAUCACCAUGUGCGGAACCAUCUAUGGUCUGGCCAUGUUCGUCACAGUCUUCUCGAUCCCUUCCGAUAUUGCCUGCGGAAUGUCUGUGCGACAGCGCUUCUCGUGGGCCUACCAUAACCUCCAAGCGAAUGUACAAUUUUCGCAAAACUCCUCCAUUCGAAUCAAGAUGUCCGAGGACUUUUACACGACGCUCCUCAAGAUUGGGUUCAAUGUCUUGACUGCCGCGAGCGAGGCUGUAUAUCUGAAUGAAGGCAGCCGCAUCAACAUCCGCGCCAUGACCUGGCUCGAACAGAAACGCAUUGACGAGCUCGCAACGAGUAUCGACAAGCGUAACGCGCCGGCCGUGCCUUCAGCGCUGCUCGACUCUGGCAUCGCCCGAGGUCUGGACUUUGUGGAUCACCCGAGUGCAGCCAUCAGUCCAUCGCCUUACGCUCGAGAGCGGAAGUCGAAGCCCGCAAAGACGGAGGCCGAGAGACAGCGGGCAGCUGAUCUGGACAGCGGGCUCGGCUUAUCGCGAGGACGAAGUCGCAUGCAAUUGACGUUUGACUUCAUCGCCGGCAUUCUCGGUCUCACACUGAGUCUGCAAGCCCAUAUUGUACUCGGGCUGCUUCGAAGAUUAGGCAUGGAGCGUCAACCCCCGUGGUUGCUCCGAAUCGCCGGUGUAUCCGAGAAGCAUCGCCACGCAUCAGCUCACUUUCACACACAGAAGCACAACUCGCUUGACUUUUAUAUACUAGGCGAUGACGGCAGCCUCGCCCUUCCCCGAGAUAGCAACGUGGAUGUCGAAUUGGAGACCAGACGCAUGAUGUUACAGCGAGGGACGUACCAGGACGAACAGCACCUGGGGAACGAUCUGUACAAGUGGUGGCGAGCGGGAGGUUGGUAUGGAGAACUUGACGGAAGUGGAGAGUAUGCUGCCAGUGCGGCAGACGAUGACGAUGAUACGACCAGCAUGAUCUCGAUGAGCACAAACGCCAGCACUAAUGAUGACGACGACGACCACGACGACGACGAAGAGACAGAGAGCGGGAGAAGAACACCCACACAACGCGACCCUUUCGGGAGCCGCCCUUGCCGAGAGUCCUCCGUGGAGGCCGAUGGCCGAAUUGACCUGAGUUCUCUUUCCAGACUGCUUAAUCCGCAAAGUUCUGCAGAGCGUGAAGAAGCGAGGCUGUUAUCUUACAGUCUCCAAUCCGAUCGGCCCCUCACCCGCAGCCAAUUUCGCCGCAAACAGGAGCGGUCCCGUGCUGAGCUGCUCACGGGUCUUCACGCUUCCAGUGUCAAGCCUCACCACCACUUGGACGGAGACGAUGAAGAGCGCGACCUGGAACACUUUAUUCUUUCCCAACGCUCUAAAUCUAAGGCUCGAGAACGCCGUUCGAGCACGUGGCAGUUUGGAGCGGAAGGCAUGGGCGAGAGCGGACCCCAGUGCGUGGUCUGCCAGUGCUCGCCGCGGACAGUGUUGGUGUGGCCGUGCGGAUGCCUCAGCAUGUGCGACGAUUGUCGAGUGGGGCUUGCUGCGAGAAACUACACCAAGUGUAUUUGCUGUCGGACAGAUAUCGCAGCCUACUCCAGAUUGUAUGUACCUUAGGUUGAACCACAGAAGUUUCAUAUCUACGUAGCGCCCAGAAGGGGGGUCACCUGGAUUUGACCAUCUUCC